UUUCUUUUGGACACAGAUUUUCUCUAUAUAAUUUUGAAUAACAUUGAAUUUGCAUGAAAUGGAGUCAAAUCAUGCAUGUGUGGCAGCAAAGGAACAAUCAAGCAAUUCUACAUCUCCAAACAACGAACUCACACUUUCAACAAAAUUAAAUCAGAACGAUAAUUGCACAACAGUGCUGAAGGUGAACUCACCCGUUGGUACUACAGUGCGUAUACGUGUCCGCCAUACCGGCGUAGCCACUGCAAUGCACGCUGAAAAUAACAGAUAAGCGAAGCAGAAAAUUAAAAUGAAUAUUAAAAAAUUAACUAUUAAUAGAAGGAGAAUAAAAUAAUAUGAAUUAACAAAAUAAUAAUUAUAUAAAAACACUAAAGUAAAUUAAAUGUUGAAUGAAAUGACUGACUAAUGAAAAUUCAUUAGUGUGGAGAGCAAAAAAAUAAAAAAAUAUUGAAGAAAUAUAUUAAAAGUAUAUAAGCAACAUAGUAACACUUUAAUAUUAAUAAAUACAUAUGUAUAACUAAAACAAAAAAGAACAACAACAACACCGCGCGCCACACUAGUUUAUGAACCAACAGCUGUGUCGUGGCUUUACGAGUUCAAUAAAAGUGUACAACUAACUGCCCCAACAUUGACGAACAUGAACGAAAUAGUAUGCAACACGCCACCAGACAAUUUCAAUUUGUAUUUGUAUACUCUUUUUCUUAUUGUUGGACUAGUGUAAUGGCCCAUUCAGCGCCAGCUCCUUCUCGCCAGCAAUGCUAAUGUGCGGUCAGCAGGCUUCGUGCGGCCUCGUGUUUGUGUAAUUUCGUUGUAGUGGCGUGGCACAGUUGAUAAAUUUUCCGAAGAUAGUCAUAUGUGCAGCAAACGCCAACCGACCGUCAACGCUCGUGGACACGUUUCCGUAGCUGUUUCCGCCGCCAUCACCAGCACGUCAGCGGAGUGUGUGUAUAUCGGCAUGAGUGCAUGCAGUAACAAAGCUAAUGUUCAUGAGUGACCAAAACGAUAAACGGCAAUUGGCUUAACGGUACUGUUCAGUCAUUGUGUACAAGCCGUGGAAGGAAGAGGAAGUGUGAAUUUAGUAGUGAGCAAGUUGGUGGUGCACCAGUGAGCAAUCAGGCAAAUUAUAAUGCAAAUACGUGAACAACACAACAAAAGCAACAACAGCUAUUGUUUGAGCGAAAAUAAAAAACAAAAAAUAUGAAAAAAUAUGUAAUUGUGUCUCCACACUCUGUGUUUGUGUGCGCGUGUGUCUGUGUGUGACAAAUAGCCCGAGGGCGUGCAGUGCAAUUCAGUAAAAAUGGCAGGCUAUCUGUAUAUAUAUACUCGUUAAAAAUCGCAUAAAUGUGUUAUUUGCCGAAAUCCGAUUAAGUUCUUUCGAAAUACGUGCAACAACAAAAAAAAAAAACAAAAACAACAAAUGAUAUAAAUAUUACAUAUAUGCAUAUAGGGAAUAUGAAAGACCGUAUAAUAAAAAGCUGGGAAAACCGCACGACUAAUCAGCCUGCUAUUAUGUGACAGUGUCCAACAGAAAAAGUAAAUAACAGUAAAUAAUAGAAAAAUAGUGUUUGUGUGCCACUUUGUCUAGUGUCAUUUGCCUGACCAAUACCGCAAGAGCAAAUAACUGUAGAAAAAGAAAACAAAAAACUCAGCUAUCCAUUAAUAAGUUCGCACAAAACUCGUUUUCCGCCUCGUCCCUACGCUCCUUAGUGUUAAUUUUCUUUGCGCGUGCGUGUGUGUGUCGUGCUCUACAUUUAUCGUUGUUGUUGUUGUUGCACUUUCGAGUGGGUGUUUCUGCAUAUUUAUGCAGCUGCUGAUGACUUAUUGCCGGAAAGUUUCCGCUGUGUGCAUUCGUUUCGCUUGAAUGCACGAGCUCGCUGAAGUGCCGUCACUGCUCUCGCAACGUUGCAGUGGCAUUCGCUUUUCACACGCUCAGCGGCAGCCUCGACUUUAAGCAGCUGCAAGUACGCUGUCCAAAUACAACUUGCUAGUGCACUUAUAAACUCACAUAUAUACACACACUUAUACAAGCAGCGAAAUGCCACCAAAACGCAGACGCCGUUUCCAAGGAUUAUAUUAUCAUUCGUCGCCGCCGAAGGUUCUACCAAUGAACGGACAAUCGUCGAACCAAGGGCGAAAGCGUCGUGAUAUAGAUGAUUUCUCGGUGAAACUAUCAACCAUAAGAAUAUGGAUGCACGAAAAGGAUAUUGGCAAGCUGACACGCAUACUCUGGGCUGGGCAGGGCAGUCGGCUGUGUCAGCAGGCGAGCACAAAUCCGCGUGUCAAGCGCUUCUUGGCAGCGGUGCCGUAUGUGAUGAACUCGAUCAAGGACGUACAUCAGGCCGUCAUUGAUAACAAUUUAGAGACGUUACAGGCGAAAAUGGAGCCACCGGUGCCACCGGCGCUCAUUACCUGUCGCGAUGCGAACGGCUUGAAUCUUAUACACAAGGCGGCGGGGUUGGGGCAUACCAAGAUACUUGAGUAUCUGAUUGGCAUUUGGCCGGAUGGCGUUGCCGAAACGGAUGUAACCGGCAAAACACCGUUACAUUGGGCGGCAAGUCAUAAGAAUAACAUGCGCUGUUAUACGCUGCUCACGGAGGCCGGUUGCGAUGAGGAGGCCUUGGAUUAUAAAAUGAAAUCGCCCACUUACUAUCGCCACAAGCCGCACGAAAUCGAGCGUGCCUUCUUGGUUUAUGUGCCGGAGGCGCCACGUGUCUCACCGGAUGUCACCACCGAUUGGGAGGCGCUGAGCGAAGAUAUCGGCGAUGGCGGCAAGAAAUUAGAUAUUAAAAUACCAGAUACGAAUGGUUUUCAUAGUCGCACCACUGACGACAGUAUUGAAAAUACAUCCGAGGUGGAUUUGAAUGAUGGCAUAAGCGCCACGGAAGAAGAUCAACACGCUGCAGCCAUCGCAAAUGGCGAUGGUGAUGACUCAGCACCACAAACGCCAGCAAAAGAUGACGAGGAAGCGGCAAAUGAGGCAGAGGAAGGUGGUGAAGAUGAAGCACCACUAACAAAUGGCGAUGCAGAGGCAAACGAUGUUAAUGGUCAUAACGAAGCAGAAGCUGAAGCAGAGCCUGAAGUCGAGAAUGCUGAGGCAGCAGAAGCUGAAGAUGUAGCUGGUGAGGAAGCUUAUGCUGCAGCAGGUGAUGAGACUGCUGCUGAGACGGAAGUCAAGGCUGAUGCUCUGGCUGAAGCGCAGGCUGCGCCAGAGGUAGAAACCACCGAGGCGGAGCAAAAACACGAACAUGAAAACGAAAAUGAAGCAGCAGCAGCAACGGACAGUGAAAAUGAAUCGAAUAACGGUUAUGAAUCUGAUAAUGAACCAGCAGCCGAUAGUGCAUCCGAAAACGAAGCUGAGUCCGAAGCCGAACACGACGACGAGGUGCAAGUAGUUACAGAUGAACCACAAACAGCCGAUAAGUUGGAUGAAAAUCAUAACGAAGAUAAAUAUGGCAAUGGUGAUGGCGCCAGUUCGCCCACGUCAUCGCUGGCCAUUGAGGGUUUUGUGACUGGCGCAUCGGAGGAUAAUAGAGUUCUGUCGCAAUCCGCUGCUUAUGUACACGAAGAGUCAGAGAUACGUGACGCCAUCGAUGCCGGCGAUAUGGAACAGUUAGCACAGAUUGUACUCAACGGUGAUGGUAAUAAACUGGUGGAUUUACACUCACAUAAUCCGGACAUACAGGCGUUCCUCAGCAAUGUGCCCAACUAUAUGAGUAAAAUACGUCGUGUGCAUGAAGCAUCUCGUGAAGGUAGUCUGCUGGCUUUGCAGCAAGCUUUGGAUCGACGAAAGUUUGCCAUAGCCAAGGAUGAGAUCUCACCUAACGGUGCAACGCCACUGCAUGUGGCUGUGCUUUUUGGUAAUACAGAUAUUGUGCGGUAUUUGGCGGCACGUUUUCCCGAAACAACCGCAACCACCGACAAUGAUGGACGUACAGCACUUCAUUAUGCCGCCACAAUUAACGAUAAUGGACACUUUUACAAUGUGCUCACACAGCUAGGUGCCAAUAGCAAAGCUUUGGAUAAGCUUGGACACACGCCAGAGUUCUAUCAAAAUAAAGAGGAAGCCAAAGAAAUACUCAACUACAAAAAAUUAUUGAGCAAUUUUGGUGCUGAAGAGCUCGAGGAUGAGCUGCUAAAUGAUCAAGUACCAGAUGAUCUGCACAGUUCGCGGCGACAACUGCAAGAUGUCGAUAUAAAUCGGACGCUCGAUCGCUGCUUCAGCGUAAUCGAAGAGUCGAGCAAAACACUGAGCGGUUCGGCAGCCUCGGCGCUGGCGCAUCGUAAGCCAUUGACUGCCUCGACGCUGCAACUCUCGGUCAUAAGCUAUUUGAGUCGCUUUCUGAAACGUAGCGUUUUUGAGAAGAUACGCUUACGACAAACGCGACUCGAUCACAAUCUUUUCGAUGUUAUUUGGCCUUCAAUGCGUAAGACUUCGAAAGUGCGUUUGCUCGAAGAGGAUAUCAAUUGUGGCAUUAUAGCGCCCGAUUUUGAUGUGUUCGUCGUAUUUCAGGAAUUCCUCGUGCCACUCAUUAAAGAUAUGCAUUGUAUGAGUGUGAAUGAGGAUUUUAAGCCACAUCCGCGUAUUGCUUUCUUUCCCAUGGAGAAUGCCGUGCGUCUCAAUACGGCCGCCUUUAUCUUCGAUGACGAAUCAAAUCUGAUACAACGUUGUACCGUAGAGUGUUCACGCAACUUGGAAGGAUUCGAGUUGCCCUUGAAUUUGACAAUUGGACAAGUGGAACAGGCCGAACGCAUGAUAAUGGGUAAAAUAUUCACAAACCAUUUUGUGGAGGCCAUUGGUGAAACCGAGUCAGGCAGCUAUUACACGCUAACGGAGAUACUGGAAGAGAACUCCGAAAUAUAUGCGACGCUGCAGAAGUUGGGACUCUUAAUACCGCUGUUGAAUAUGAAGGAUACAGUGCAAGCGGCCGAGUCGAUGGCUUUCAAUGGCAACCUCUGGCCUUACGGACGUGGUGUAUACAUCAAUUCGGCGAAUAAUUUGGCGCUUUGGCUAAACUGUCAGGAGCAUUUGCGUGUAAUUUCCACGUCAAGUGACGCGCAUGCCGCCAAUAUGGGUGUGGCAUACACGCGUGUCGGACGCGUUAUCUCGUUUUUAGAACGUGAGCUGCACUUUAAGGAGAGCUAUUUUUUAGGUUAUCUGCAAGCGCGUCCAUCAUACUUGGGUACGGGUUUAAAAUUUACCACAACCAUUAAUUUGCCAAAUCUUAUGAAAGAAGUCGACAACUUGCGUCACUUGAGUUCGGUGCGUGGUCUGAAUCUCAUUACUUGUGCGACGUCAAAAUCGGAUGUACAGUUAGUGAACAUGCAGAGCUUGGGUGUGAUCGAGUAUGUGCUCUUUCAGGAUUACUGCACGGCAGUGACCAAUAUCGUGUCGCUGGAGAAAGAUAUGUCACUGACGAACUCAAAGCACAUCGCCUCGAUGUUGGUGAAAAUAUUUCGCCGCAAAAAGAAUAGCCUAGUGGAGCGUAACUAGCGAUUCAGCAGCGGUGUGUGAGAAGUAGAAGAAGUGGAGCUUAAGUAACUAAACUAAGAAAUAUUAAAUAAGAGUCAUCGUCGUGAGUCAUUAAUAUAUGCCAAAUAUGAAUAUUUACACCUAAGCAUUACAAACCUAACAUAUUAAUACAUACAUCACAGCGAUUUCUACAAACCAUAAAGACACCAUUUCUCUCGCCUGAACUAUACACCCGCAUAAAACAGUAAAUAUAGUUGCAUGCCUACUAAAUUUGAAUGCUUUCGAUUGCCACGUAUCCCCAAUACUGAUUCAACUGAAAACAUCUUACUUCUGAGACUUUGUGGGUUUU